GCUACCCUUCUAUCGAUAGUGGUUAUUGUUCUUGGUGUGGUAGAUGUGAUAUUUGCUGUUGACUCAGUAACAGCUAAGAUCUCCCAGUAUGAUGACAUGUUCAUUAACUUCUCUUCCUCGAUAUUUGCUAUGUUAACUUUGAGAUCCUUGUACUUCCUGGUCGUCUAUUUGGCUGACCUCUUUGUUUUCAUGAAAUAUG